UAUAUAAAGGUUCUAUUACCUUUGUUCUUCUUCGGGGUAAACCUUGAACAUCCAUUUCAACAUUUGAAAUGAAAAUGGCACGGAUCAUACUUGUGACACUUUUCUUGUUUAACUUGGUUAUUGUUCCUUCUAUAGCUUUGCCAUUUCUUGAGGGCCUUGGAUUUGGUAUUGGAAAUAAUGAUGAUGCACGACAUGAUAAUCAACAAGAAGCACUACCAGUAUUUGACGAUGGAAUCGGAAAUGCAAAGGUUGACGAUGGAUUGGGAACUGGAAAGUUAAAUGGAGACGAUGGACUGGGAACUGGAAAGUUAAUUGGAGACGAUGGAUUGGGAACUGGAAAGUUAAAUGGAGACGAUAAGCUAAUUGGAAAGGUUGUGGUUGAUGGUAGACCUAAACUUAAGGUAGGAUUCUAUAGCCAAACUUGUCCCAAUGCUGAGAAAAUCGUUGCUGCAGCACUCGCUGAAAGUGUUAAGAUUAAUCCAGAGGCAAUUGCUCAACUCCUUCGUCUUCAAUUUCAUGACUGUUUCGUCGUUGGAUGUGAUGCAUCGAUCUUGCUAGACUACUCACCAACAGGAGACAAAGUAGAGAAAGGGUCAAUGUUCAAUGGUCAACUUCUCAAAGGAGCUGACACAGUUGAUGACAUUAAAGAAAAGCUAGAAGAAGAAUGUCCAGGAAUAGUGUCAUGCUCAGACACGUUAGCAUUCUCAAUCAGUGAAGGAAUGCACCUUGCCGGUUUACCUCGUAGAGCGCCUCUUGGCGGCCGUAGAGAUUCGCUCGUUUCUCUCGCAUCCAUCGCGGAAGACAACAAUCUCCCACAGCCUAAUUGGUCAAUCGAAAGAAUGGUUGCACUUUUCAUAAAGAAAGGUUUCACAGUUGAAGAAAUGGUUAUCUUACUGGGUGCACAUUCAAUUGGUUCGGCUCAUUGUGAUGUUUUUAUGGAAAGAAUUUUUAAUUACGAAAACACGAGGAAGCCUGACCCUACACUGGCAGAUCAAGUUGUUAAAGAGUUUCAAGGUAUCUGUAAGAAUGCUGGGACACAGCUAUUUAGAAACCCAACUGUGAAUUUCGAUGAGACUCCAACAGAGCUUGAUAACUUGUUUUACAAGAAUAUGGUGACAAAGAACAAGACGGUCUUGGUUACGGAUUCUAAUUUGAUCAAUGAUCCUAGAACAAUUCCUAUUGUUAACAAGAUGGCGGCUGAGAAUGGUUUGUGGCAAAAGAGAUUUGCUGAGGCUAUGGAUAAGAUGGGUGCUAUGAAUGUUCUUACUGGAAAUGAGGGUGAAGUGAGGACGACUUGUAGGGCCACUAAUAACUAAAUGUGUCUUUUUCAUUAACCUAUGUAUGUUAAAAUUGUCAUCAUGUUUGAUUUUUUUUUUCUUUUUUAUUUUGUUAUGAUAGUGUGAUACAUUAAUGAUACAUGUAAUUUUUCUUUGGAAUUUGUUUUUAAGUAUUGAAAAAAAUUAUUAUAAAUUAUUUUAAUUA